AUGUGGAAGCCACUGGUAUUAGCUGUGUGUCUGUUAGUGGCUGGGGUGCAGGGGAUAGAGCGCCCCACGUAUGGAGUGAAGCUAUGUGGCCGGGAGUUCAUCCGGGCGGUCAUCUUCACCUGUGGAGGAUCUCGCUGGAGACGGUCACUCGGGAGUGCAGGAGACUCCCCUCAGGACCCUUUCAACUCCCAUGACGAGGACUCGUCUGAAGGCUGGAACUCAGACUCCCAGGUCCCAGAGGGUCCCUUCCAGCAUGUCCAGGAGGGUGGGGUGUUCAUCAGCAGGCCAGCCCGAUCCCUCAUCUCAGAGGAGAUACUGGAGGCUCUCCGUAUGUCAGACCGUAAGGGCCGUGAUGUGGUGGUGGGCCUGUCCAACGCCUGCUGCAAGUGGGGCUGCAGCAAGGGAGACAUCAGCUCCCUUUGCUGA